AUGGCCCUCCUACCCUUCACCUCCGCUUCUAUCCUCUUACUGUUAUGCAUUCCAUUUGUUUGUGCAUUACCUCCUCUCAAUUGUACUAGUACCUCUACACUCGAUGUCACCGGCUCACCAUCUAGCAGCCACACUAGGACCUUGUGGGACAUCAUUUGGAGCUGCAUUGCAACUCUAUUCGCAUGCACAUGGACCGCAAUUCAUCCAAACAUCCCGGGUAUGGAUGAGGGAAGAAUGACUAUCUUCUUUCGUCGCCUAUUCAUCAUGGUUCUGGCACUCAUUGCCCCAGAACUCAUGGUCACCUGGGCCACAAUACAGUUUCUAAGUGCCCUUGACACUUUUAAGGAGUUCAAUUGGACAACGGUGCAUGGGUUUUUCGCAUGGAUGGGUGGAUUCACGCUUUACUGCGAUAACAAGCCACGAGUUGCUCUUACUCCCAAGGAACUCGUAGACCUCAUUAAAGAGGAAUACGUGGAUAUCCCUGACAUCGUGGAGGCAGACAUAGAAGGUCGAAGUAAGGGCGACGCACUAUCCAAGGGAGUCGCCAUUCUGCAGCUGGGGUGGUUCAUCCUGCAGCUUGUCGCCCGUUACAUCCAGCACCUUCCCGUAACCCUUCUCGAAAUCGACACCCUGGCUGUAGUCUGUCUGUCCUGCAUCGCCUGUUGCCUGUGGUGGAAGAAGCCUAAGGAUGUACGACGCCCUUAUCCUAUCCAUUGGAACAAAAAUAAAGCCGAGGCGCUUCAGGAUCGGUCAUUCACCUAUGAGUACGUGGUCAAUAUUCUCCCCUGA